UUUAUGUUUUUUCUCCCUCUCUUGAAUACAACAAUACAAUACAAUACAAAUAUACAAUUGGUUAACACACUUUACACUACUCAAUAACAGAGUGUGCAUAUAAUAUAAGCUACAGAGAACAUUCUCUUCUCUCCCUCACAACACUUCUCUUUCCACUGUUAAAUAACUUCUCUUUCUUCAAUCUCAUUCUUCUUUCUGUUUCUCUCAUUCUCUCCUUUUUUUUUUGUGAUUUCUACUAAGAAAACAGUGUUAAAAGGCAUAAUUUUUUUGAUGUCUGUGCCAGUGGAACAAGGGUAUGAUGUCUUACAAGAGGUUCCAUCAAUGGAAACCAAAGACAGAACCAUUGGAUUGAACCUCAAAGCCACUGAACUGAGACUUGGUUUACCAGGUUCUGAAUCUCCAGAGAGAGAAAAUGGUGGUGGGUUGUCCAUGCUCAAGAGUUUGGUGUCUGGUGCUAAAAGGGGUUUCUCUGAUGCUAUUGAUGGAGGUUCUGGGAAGUGGGUUCUCUCUGGAAAUGGUGGAUCUGAAAUGGGUUUGUGUAAAGAUGGAAACUUGUUCUCUCCUAAAGCUAAAGGUGGUGUUGGUUCCGUGCCUGAAUGCAUUAACCAACAAAACCCUUUGUCUGUUUCAGUUGUUAAAGAAACUGUUCCACAAUCUCCAAAGCCUUUGCAUGACAAUAACAAGCCACAGAUUUCUGCUCCUGCUGCAAAGGCACAAGUUGUGGGAUGGCCACCAAUCCGAUCUUUUAGGAAGAACUCAAUGGUUUCUCAGCCUCAAAAGAAUGAUGCUGACGCAGAAGCCAAAUCUGAAUGCCUUUAUGUAAAAGUCAGCAUGGAAGGCGCCCCAUACUUGAGGAAAGUGGAUCUGAAUAAUUUUAGCUCUUAUAGGGAACUUUCUUCAGCACUUGAAAAGAUGUUCAGUUGUUUUACAAUCAGUCAAUGCAGCUCAUAUGGGAUUUCUUGUCGAGAAAAAAACUUAAGUGAAAGUAGAUUGAUUGAUCUCCUUCAUGGUUCGGAAUAUGUGCUUACCUAUGAAGACAAGGAUGGUGACUGGAUGCUAGUUGGUGACGUUCCGUGGGAGAUGUUCACCGAGUCAUGCAAGAAGCUGAGGAUAAUGAAGAGUUCUGAAGCAAUUGGGCUAGCACCUCGAGCCAUGGAAAAGUGCAAAAGUCGCAACUAGUACGAUGCAAUGUACCAGUUCUCUACUGAUCCGUAAAGAUCGAAGAUCAUAUCUACUAAGCAUAAAAUACCUUGCUUUCUUAUGUAUGUAUAAUUCUAUUCUAUAUACAUGAAUGGAGCCUGCUAGUCCAAAACUUUAUAGUAUUCCAAAUAUAUUGAUGACAAUAUAUUAGGCGUGUUGUAGAUGACUACAAGUCAUUUUGGUGUAGACGAUCAAGGCUUCUUAGGUUGGUCUCCCUUACUUUAAUCACAGUCAUUAAGGUUGCCAUUAGUAUAUAAAUUUUGUAUUUCUCUAUUAAUUAAACUUUACAUUCUCUCUUCAAGUUAAUGUAAGUGUGCUUUUUGUUUGUCAUGGAAAGGUUAGGAACGAAGAUCAUCAUCAUACUUAUUUUUAUUACUAA